UGGCACAGUGCACAGUUAGAAUUGAAUCGUGAAGCGGUAAACAUGUUUUGAGAGAAGUUCCGGCGCCCAAAUCAGUUAAAAAACAAAGAAAAGAAACAAACAUUUUUAAUAUUCGAGAGCAACUCUUCAACUGAUCGAACGCUAACCAAAGUGACACAUACAUAAUUAAAACAGCAACAAUAUAACUAAAAUAAUUAAUUGGUUAAAAAACAAUUUCAAUAUGUUGGAUCUGGGGAACUGCAUAAAGAUCAGUUAUCAAAACGAAUUGAGCUCUCUCGUUUAUAAGUCGGGCAGCACUUACGAAGAGGUCAUAGCACAAGCCGCUUCGCAUUUUGGUAUCCCAGAGGAUGAACAAUUUGCUUUGGUCCUGAGCAAUGGCAAGGGUGGCUACAUUUUUGAGCCUCGUCUCUUUGAAUAUUUCAUCUUACUCUUUCCAUCGCCGGAGAUUGUGUUUCAUCUACGUGUGGACUACCAGAAAUUGCGACGCGGUGUUAACAAGGCGAUAAAACGUAAGCGUCAGGAAGAUGAGGAGUCGGCCAGUCAAGACCAAUUGGCAUCCGAGAUGAACAAGGACAGGCAGAUGGAUUACCCGGAUUAUGUUUUUGUGUAUCGUCAGAAUUGUUUUCUAGGCGCUUUGCCAUCCACCUGUGCUGCUCCUGUUCGACGGCAAAACUGUUUUCUACGUGAGCAGCUACAGCAGCAACAUCAACAACAACAACAUGUGCGAAAAGAAGAUGAUGAUGAUGAUGAGGAUGAGCAGGAGCUGAUUAUAGAGGAACAAGAACCGCAACGGUACUCGCCUCCCAAGGCCAAACGUUUGCGUAUACAACAUUCUGGGAAGGAAUCGCAUUCUCGGCGCCGUUCUACCAAUUCAUUAUUAUCCGCCAACACCAAUCCAGGCCGUUCCAUACGUAUUUAAAUACAAAACGAAGAGAAUUGAACCAAAACUGUUUUCUACACAUGUACAUACACAUUAUAUACUCAAAAAAAUUAAUGUUAAGUUUAAAACGGUUGAACCACAGCAGUUCCUAAAAGCCUACACCAAAAUUGAUCAAAAAUAUACAUAGAAAUACAUAAAUGUAUGUGCAUACAUAUACAAAGAUAGCAAAAAUAACUAUAAGAAGUUGUUAACUAGAAAUACUUUAAAGUUUAAGCAAUAAAAAACAUAUUUUUAUAAUCUA